AUGUUUGUGAAGAAUUGCAAUAUGGUUAAUUUCUACCCUUAUUGAUAGCCGAAAUAGAAUUCAAAUUAAACAGGUACGUAUAUACAUAGUUAUGUGAAAAGUUUACAACCAAUGAAACAACUGAAAGAUGAAUAUGCGCAUUUUACUCACAAUCACGCGGGACAUUCAACUGUUAUUGUGGCAUAGUCAUUCGCGUACUCCGUAGUCACAGCACCAGAUAAAUACCUACUUUAAGUGAAUAGUAUAAGGAUUCACAUUAUUGUUUAUUAAAAUAAAGAAAUUAUUCAAAAAUGAAUAGGAUGACAACCAAUAUUCUGACUUCGUGUGAUUCUAACUCAUCUUAUACUUUAAUUACUUCCAAUGAUAAAUUCUGUAAUUGGUUUUAUGAUGAGAAAACGUGUUGGCCAAUUGCAAAAGCCAACACCAAUGUAUCCCAACCGUGUCCAAAAGUACAAGGAUUUGAUAAAAUGAAGAUGGCCUAUAAAUACUGUACAGAAAAUGGAAGUUGGGAAAAUGUAACAAAUUUUUUUGGACCAACAGAUUAUAGUAGCUGUUAUACUCCAGAACUAACGGAAAUGCUAGAAAAACUUGGAUCAGACUACGAUACAAAACGAAAACUUGACAUAGCUCUUAAUACUGGAGUGAUUGAAGUUGUUGGGUGCCUUGUAUCAAUCAUUUCGUUGAUCAUAUCAUUAUGCAUUUUCAUCAGGCACAAGGGUAUAUUGGAACAGAGGUUCAAGAUACACAUGAAUUUAUUUGUUGCUUUAUCACUACAAAUGUUCAUAAAAUUAAUUUUAAACAUUGAUAAACUGGAUUUAUUCAAAACUAAAAAAGAUCUAUCGAAUGUAACUUGUCUUGUGGACUGUAAUAACCAGAUCCGUUUAGUGAAAGAUGAUGAUGAUAAUUGGUUUUUUGGAAUUAUGUACACGCCAAUAAUUUGUGAAGGUAGUCAAGUCAUAUUGGAAUGGUCUAAAACUGCCAGUUUUAUGUGGAUGUACAACGAAGGAGUAUAUCUGUAUAGAAUAAUAAAAUCUAGAGUCUUAAGAAUAAAUUCAAUAAAUUUUCGAAUGUAUCUAUUUGGUUGGGGCUUACCAGCUUUGAUGACUUCUGUAUGGUUAUUGGUAACAAUGGUUUACUACAAAAAAUCAUCUAGUGUCUGUUGGUGGGGCUACAGUUUGUUGCCUUUUUUUUGGAUCCUUGAAGGACCCCGCAUGAUAAUUCUCGUAGUAAAUUUAAUAAUAUUAAUCAUCGUAUUGAGAGAGCUGUUGAAGAAAAUUAAAUCAAAGUUAUCACCGUCAAAUGAGUUGGAUAUCAUAAGAAAAGUAUCCAAAGCAGCCAUAGCUCUUGUUCCUUUACUUGGGAUUACAAACUUUAUAUUAGUUAUAAUACCUGAACCACAUUCGAAAAGUCCUGAAUUAUUUGCUUUCUGGUCAUAUUCCGCACAUAUAUUACACUCGUUCCAGGGCUUAAUGGUGUCAAUAUUAUAUUGUUUUAUGAAUAAAGAAAUUAAAAAGUCUUUUGAUAAACGAAUGAUGCUCCAAAAAUCACGACGAGAUUUUGAAAUGGAAAUGACAUAUAAUUUAUUUAAAACUUAGAUAAUCUAUUAUACAAUUUUUUUUAUAAAUAUAAUGUAAUUUUUUUAUGAAUAAUACUAUAUGUCUAUAUUAUAUACUUGGUUUCUGUUGUUUAAUUAACUGUUAUGUGCACUAUAAACUAUUCAUUAAUUUUAUGUAAUACAAUAUAAAAUGAUAUGGUUAAUAAUAAAUUCAGAAUAGGAAAUGAAAUUUAAAAUAAAUGCUUAUAUUAUAAUAUGGGUUGUACACAAUUCAUUGUGUUACCUUAAUUGAAAUAUUUAUUCUAAUUUUUAUUUAA